AUGGUGAAACUGAAAGGCGAUUGUUUUGCGUUGGAGGACUGCUACCGUAGCGACCCCCGGUACUACUUGGUACGAUCAGAAGAGCUUGCCAAGGUACGUAGUAAUCCUGGUAGGAACCGGGCAUUGCUAGACUUUGACUCGGCCCAGAAACUUCUAGGAAGAGUGUCGCAUUCGGAUUAUAGAACCAAAUACUACGACGGUUUCCUCGGCGACAAGGGUCCCUUUUCUUACGCCAAACUAUACGUUAGCCUGCAAUUUAUGAAGGAACAUCCCAGUCCAGUCACAAAGGACACUGAUGAGGAGGAGGAAGAGAAUCCAGAAGAUGAGGAUGGAACGACUAUGAUUCGGUGGAAUCGAAGCACAUUCUCUUCGUCCCUGUGCGAUCCCCAGCCUGGAGUUGAACAUGCGAAAUUGCAGGUUUACACAGAUGGCCUGAACCAGAACGAAAGCGGUUCCUGCAAAUGCGGUAUAGGUGAUGGCUUUGUCAUUCACGAACGAACAAGCCGACCGGAGGACCUAAUCGACCUCCUAUUUGCCAAGAACCCGGAGCAGUUGGAGUUCCAAGACAACAUUCCGGCAUCUCUCUCGAGCUAUUUCGCCAAGAAAAUGAUGGAUUGCAAAACUCUGCAAGUAUUGAAUGUCCCUACUGAUUGGGUGAUCGACGAGGCAACCGCAUCCAUUUUCAACCAAGUCUUGAAGGCAAAUGCGUGCCUUGUGCUGGCCCUAACAGGCAGUUGCACCGGGAACAAGGACGAGAUCUUUGCUCGAAUAUUGGCGCUUUUGGAGGACGGCAUUCGUGGCAACACUUCGGUUCGGCAUCUGGACCUGAGCCAGACCUACCUGGGAGUGAACCAGUUGCUCUUCACUUCGUUUGCACUCUCCCAUCUCCCAAAUGUGGAGAUUUUGGACCUUCGCAAUACAAAAUGCUCUAUUUCUUCUGACAAUAAUGACGUUCCAUCCAUAAUGUUUGAACCACUCAAGUCUGCAUUCCAACAGAGCCGCAAUUUGCGCACCAUCAAAUUGCGCAGUUGUGGAGCUCAUGAAGAAAUUAUGGAUCGCCUUGUGGGUGCAGUGUGCACCUUGCCCACUCUGGAGGACCUGGACAUUGCGAGAAGCAGUUGUGGAAGCAAAGGAAUCGAGCACAUUGGGCAAUUGCUGGAAAAGAUCGAUUGCAAACUCGCCACGUUGGAUAUCUCUUGCCUCGGUGAUGUUCACGGAAAAACCUUGGUGAACAGUGUUUCUUUAUCUCCCAUUGCGGCUGCCUUGCACAAGAAUCAGAGUCUGACAACUCUAAAGUUGGGUUGCAACGACAUUGUUCCAUGCACUGCGGAAGGGCGACUUCUGGGACCAUUGGCUGAAGCACUGUGUGUCAACAAUUCGCUCAAGAGACUGCACCUAUUGCACAAGAGAUGGCUUUGA